AUGUUCCGGAGUUCUAGAGCCAGUCUCGGAAAGCAAGUAAAUGUGAGUGCGGGCCCCUUUGUGCCGUCAAUAGACGAAGCAGCCGUGACAUGGUCUGUCGAGAUAGCGAGGCUAGCAAGGGAGUUGGAUCAAGAGGGAGAGCAUGCUGUAGAGCUUGUAGAGGUUCCAGAAGCGGGUAUGGUGCGAUUAGAGCUCGAAGUCGAACUGCCUGGUUUAUUUGAUGCUGAUGACCGCUUUCCUGACUUCGAGACCGUCUUUUUCGCUGAGGCUGACAUUGUUGAGAGAUUCGUGGAUUAG